AUACCGUGACAACACUAUCAUCAUCAUCUAUCUAGUCUAGCAAAACCAAAGAGAGCUAAUAAGCAACCAUGACGAGACGAGCUGCAGCCAUCCUGAUACUGAUGCUCUCGCUCCCGGCGGCGUCCCUCCUGGUCGCCGCCGGCGACGUGGGCGUCGACACCAUCCGCCUCCCGAGCGACGGCGGCGAAGGUCUCGCAACGAGCAAGGGAGGCGAGGAGGCGACACUCCCACUCCCUAACCAAGUUCUGGCGCCGCCGAGGGAGGAGAACGACGUCGGCGGCGUCCUCCUCGAAGGAGAGGAGAGGCCGUGGGUGUGCUGCAACAGCACCGUCUGCACCAAGUCCUUUCCGCCGACGUGCCGCUGCCUUGACGAGGUGGAGGAGUGUGGCCCCGCGUGCAAGCGCUGCGAGCCGUCAGGGAUCAACCCGAACCGUCACGUCUGCAACGACCAGUACCACGGCGACCCAGGGCCGACAUGCGCCAAGGAGGAGAGGCCAUGGGCGUGCUGCGACCGGACCGUGUGCACCAAGUCCUUGCCGCCGACGUGCCGCUGCCUAGACGAGGUGGAGGAGUGCGCCCCCGCGUGCAAGCGCUGCGAGCCGUUCGGGAUCAACCCAAAAAUUCACGUCUGCAAUGAUCAAUAUCACGGCGACCCCGGGCCCAAGUGCGGCAAGGAUGACCACCACCACCACGACGUCCCCGCCGGCUCGCCGUCCCUCGCCGCCGCCGGCAGGAAGAUGCAGCUACUGUUGGGCUCUCUGGUCUUGAUGUUUAUCCAGAGUCGCUAGAUGCCUGCGUGUACUUUCAUUUCAUGGUACGUGGGAUGGAGCGUUCUUCACGGAUCGGGUUGCAUGUAAGAUUAAAAAUGUUAGGUGUGUCGAAUAAGGAAAAAUAAAUAAAAUCAAGACACAUGUGAGGGUGUCCCCUUUUUGUCUUCU